CCAAUCCGUUUGGUGCCGGGGUUCUCAAUCAAGCCUUUUUUUCCCCAAAGCAUACCGUACCCUCCCUCCAUUCUCUCCCUCACAAAACCCCCGUCUCUGAAUAAGCACGCCACUACACUAAUUUCUCUUCAAGCUCUGAUUUCUUAAAAACCAAACCCUUACAAUUUUUAAAAUUUUAAACAAAUGCCAGGUGGUCCAGGCUCUAGUGCUCGAACCGGUGUGAGAGUUGUGGUGGUUGGCGACCGCGGCACUGGAAAAUCUAGCCUCAUAUCAGCCGUCGCCUCUGAAUCGGUCCCCGAGAAGGUCCCUCCAGUUCAUCCUCCCACUCGCCUCCCUCUCGAUUUUUACCCCGAUUGCGUUCCAGUGACCAUCAUCGACACCUCUUCCAGCUUGGAGCAUAAAGGUAAACUUAAUGAAGAACUGAAGAAAGCUGAUGCUGUGGUUUUAACAUAUGCAUGUAAUCAGCCCAUGUCUCUUUCUCGUUUGAGUUCUUAUUGGCUCCCCGAGCUGCGAAGUUUAGAGGUUAAGGUUCCUAUUAUUGUUGCUGGGUGCAAGUUAGAUUUGCGGGGGGAGCAUGUUGCCAUGAGCCUGGAGGAGGUCAUGGGACCGAUCAUGCAACAGUUUAGGGAAAUUGAGACUUGUGUUGAAUGCUCUGCAACGACAAUGGUUCAGGUACCUGAUGUUUUCUAUUAUGCUCAAAAGGCAGUACUUCAUCCAACAGGUCCAGUGUAUGAUCAUGAUUCACAAGGUCUGAAACAACGAUGUGUCAGGGCAUUGAAAAGGAUAUUUAUUCUUUGUGACCAAGACAUGGAUGGUGCCCUCAGUGAUGCAGAGUUGAAUGAUUUUCAGGUCAAAUGCUUUAAUGCUCCACUGCAACCAGCUGAAAUAGUGGGGGUCAAAAGGGUUGUACAAGAGAAGCAACUAGAUGGAGUCAAUGACCUUGGUCUUACCCUUAAUGGGUUCCUGUUUCUUCAUUCUCUUUUCAUUGAAAAAGGGCGCCUUGAGACUACUUGGGCUGUCCUGAGAAAAUUUGGUUAUGGAAAUGACCUAGAACUAAGGGAUGAGUUUGUUCCUGUUCCAACUAAGCUUGCUCCUGAUCAGAGUGUGGAGCUGGCAAUUGAGGCUUUGGAAUUUCUACGUGGUAUCUUUGGAUUGUAUGACAUCGAUAAUGAUGGAGCUGUGAGGCCUACUGAGCUUGAAGAUCUAUUUUCAACUGCACCAGAAAGCCCAUGGGAUGAAGCUCCUUAUAGGGAUGCUGCAGAGAAAACAUCACUGGGCAAUUUAACUCUCAAUGGUUUUCUAUCCGAGUGGGCCCUAAUGACACUACUUGAUCCACGACGCGCUUUGGCUAAUUUGAUAUAUGUUGGAUAUAGUGGUAAUCCUGCCUUAGUGUUUCAUGUUACUAGAAGAAAAUCAACUGAUCGUAAGAAGCAACGAACUGAAAGAAAUGUCUUUCGCUGCUUUGUUUUUGGCUCUAAAAAGGCUGGAAAGUCUGCACUGUUGAAUUCAUUUUUGGGAAGGCCUUUCUCAGAAAAUUAUUAUCCAACAACUUCUGAGCAAUAUGCAGCAAACGUGGUUGACCAGCUUGGGGGGACAAAGAAGACAAUUAUUUUGCAAGAAAUACCCGAAGAUGGAGUGAAAAAAGUUAUCUCUAACAAGGAAUAUUUGGCAACCUGUGAUGUUGCUUUAUUUGUCUAUGACAGUUCAGUUGAAUAUUCAUGGAAACGAACAAAGGAACUGCUGGUGGAGGUUGCCAGGCAAGGGGAAGUCAGCGGUCAUGGGGUGCCAUGCCUUCUUAUUGCAGCCAAGGAUGACUUGGAUCCAUGUCGAAUCACAGUACAAGAUUCUGCGAUGGUUAGUCAAGAGAUGGGAAUCGAGCCUCCUAUUUAUGUAAGCAUGAAAGUAAGAGAUUCAAAUAAUUUAUUCAGCAGAAUUGUGAAGGCAGCUGAACACCCUCAUUUGAACAUUCCUGAAACUGAGGUCGGGAAGAGCAGGAAGCGAUACCGUAAUCUUGUAAACAGUUCACUAAUGUUUGUUUCUGUUGGGGCAGCCGUUACCAUUGUUGGACUGGCAGCUUAUCGAGCCUAUGCUGCUAGGAGGAAUGCUUCUGGUUAGUGGUUGAAGUUUGCUGUUCAGCAGGAAAACUUACAGAGGUAGUGGGAUUUGGCCAUUAAUCAACUGUAUUUGCUCUCUUCGAUUCCACCAAUGGUUGAUUCUCUGAAGGUUCAUCAAAUUUUGCACGCAACAUUUUGCCAUUCUGUAUAAAAGCUAGUUUAUAUGAUUUAUGAAUUUUUUGGUGAGUUGGGAGAUAUUUAUUUCUUUCAUUUGGGUAGUUGAUAGCUAUGUUUCCUUGUCAAAAAUUUCAUCGCAUCUGGGUACAGGUUCUGUACUCUGCAAGGACGGUUAUAAGAAUUAUUAUGUUGGUCAUUUUUGCAUGUGGUGUAUGUUAAAAUGUCUGUGAAUAUGGCAGACCUGUUAUGAAUAACCUGCUUAUGGUGUUGGCCACCA